GAACGACAAGACUUAACGUUACAUUAGCGUUUUUGUAAAAAACGUGUAAAAACAGAAAAACGUAGUGAAAAGUUUUCAACGUUGAUCUAUGGGUUUUUGUUACCGUUUUAUUGAGUUUGUUUUAUGGUAUAAAUGGAAGGGAUUGAAGUAGUAAAGUAGUAAAGUAGUAAAGUAGUAAAGUAGUGUUAGGUCCAACGACUUUGUCCUCGACUCUGGUCUGAAGGAAACUGGUUAUUUCACAGUUAAAAAGAAGAAGUUCUCCACGGCCGCAGCCUGUGGUUAUUUUUAAAAACAUCUCCGUUUGUUUCUGCUGACGUUUGAUGUGGGUUUUUUCACCUUCUGAUCUUUAAUCACAGUUAUUAAUAUAACGAUCCAACUGAAACGGAAGCAGGUCGACUGAGGAUCAUGAACCCGCCACAGUGAUGUCAUCAUUGUCUCUGAGGUCGUGUCACUGAAGUAAGGUUUGAGUGACGGGGUGAAGCGGUGGAUCAGUGUUCCUCUCCACGGCGGCUCUUCAUCCUCAGUCAGUCUGUUCUGCAGCUGGCAGAUGCUGUUGGUGGAGGAAACCUCAAACUUCGGUGUUUUAACUGAACUUGAAGCUGCAGCUGUGCCAGCCUCCGACAGCGAGAGCUCAACCUCUGACUCGCAGACUCUUUCAGGUUCACUCUGACAUCGGUACCGUCGGGAACUCGCUCCUCUGCCAUGCCGCGGUCAUUUCUCGUCAAGUGCAAAAGGUCUCAGCUGCCGGGACCUCACAGGGACUCCUGCAGACCCUGGGCCCUGGACCCUGGACGCGGCGUGGACAGUUUGAGGACUGGGGACAGGGGACAGGCUCCAGGGGUCAAAGGUCUUCUCACCGAACUGAACCCCCCGCUGGACGGGACCCCUGUCCCACCACACAGUGAGAUCAGAGCAGAGCACGGCCGCUCAGGGACAGCUUUUUUUGAUACGUUCUCAUCUCUGUGGUCUGGUGGCGUUCUAGUUUCACCGUGGACGCCGCGACCACAGCAGUCGACCGACAGAGAGCGGGAGCUGGAGGAGCUGCUGCUCAUGUUCCUCACACACACGAGCCACACCGACCUCAGCUCUCCAGUCAGCCACUGUCUGCUCUGUGUCAAGUCUCUGUCUGAAGUCCUGCUCUCACGUGGACUCCACACUUGGCUUCCAUCCCGCAGCCCGUCUGACACCGGUUCCACGUCCACUGCAGCCACAGGACGGUCACACGUGGCCCGCGGCUGCGGCAGAACCAAGGAGCGAAGCUUUGACUGUAAGGUGUGUGGAAAGGUGUUCAAGCGCUCGUCCACUCUGUCCACCCACCUCCUCAUCCACUCCGACACACGGCCCUACCCCUGUCAGUACUGCGGCAAACGGUUCCACCAGAAGUCGGACAUGAAGAAGCACACCUUCAUACACACAGGUGAGAAACCACACAUGUGCAAAGUGUGCGGUAAAAGAUUCAGCCAAAGCUCCAACCUCAUCACCCACAGCAGGAAGCACAGCAGCGGCUCUCCGCCCGUCAGCUGCCCCCGCUGCCGGCACUCCUUCAGGUGCAGGCUGGAUCUACAGCGCCACCUGGAGUCACAGUGUGGCUACAGGAGCAGCUACACUCAGAACUGAGGACAGGAAGUGAAGGACACUGAGAUCACAGCAGGAAACAGAAUAUGAUUGGUCAACAAGGCUGGACACUGGGUUCUGUACCGUACUGUACCGUACCAUACUGUGCUGUGCUGUGCUGUACCGUACUGUACUGUACUUUCCUGUACUGUAACCGUCAUCGUUACAGCUUUGUGUGUGUGUGUGUGUGUGUGUGUUGGGGGGGGGGGGGGCUUUCCAGAACUGACAGAACAUGUGUGCACAGGCACCCUUACUUUGCUGGUUCAAAUCCCACCUAGUCAGUGUGAAUCCUGGCCCUGACAGCCACUAUCAGAGGCAGGUGUCAACCUAACAGCACCCCCUGCAGGACGGCUGUGAUCGGAGUCAACGAGGACAUGGAGCAGUUCCAGGUACCAUUUUGAUGAAGACUUUUUAUUGGACAGAAGAACAACAUGUAGACAAAGAACUGUUUCACCACUGGUUCCUCUCUCAGCCACUGACCCCAGGGUUGAGGUCACGACCCUGCUCCAGGGUCAGUCCCAGACGCCACCUCACUUCAGUCCUCACCAAACAGCCGCGGCGUUUCUGUUGAACGACAACGAACAUACUGACGAGGACGGAACAAACACACACACACACAAAAACACACACACAAAAACACACAGACAAAAACACACAGACAAAAACACACAGACAAAAACACACACAGCAGGUGUUGAACCUCUGAUCCACUUGUUUCUCAGAUUUGCAGAGAGAGAGAGAGAGAGAGAGAGAGAGAGAGCAGUGGUUCAGAGUCAGAGCUGCAGCUGUGACUCUGAACCACUGACAGUGAACCACUGACAGUGAACCUCCCUGUAUUACUGACUGACGACCAUGAAACAGAAAGUCAGAGAAGAAGAAACAAAUCUGGUUAAAGAACUUAUGAAUCUUUUGAAUUGAAUUGAAGAAGAAAAAGAAAGAAUUAACAACCUGCAAACUGUGGCUGAGAAUCUAACUCAGAGUGGUCUGUCAGGGUCAGGGUCAGGGUCAGGCUCAGGGUCAGGGUCAGGGUCGGGGUCAGUGAUUUGUGAUUCCUGUCAGUGACGACAACAACAGAGUUCUACAAACAUCUUACAUACACACCUUUACAGAGAAGGUGACUACCCCCUGCUGGUGCAUUUGGGAAGUAGAGUAAAUGUUUCUGGCUAUCGUGAUCACGUGACCUCUUUUUAUUCCUUCUUACCGCGAUACAGACAAACACGUCACAGCAACAGCGCCAAAAAUACGGCGACCAAUCAACAAGCGCCUGAACAACAGUGCCCUCCUGUGUCCAACUUAGAUCAUUACCCUACAGUCGUGAAAUGCUCACCAUAUAACUCGUAUUUUGUCAUGUAUUUGUAUUUGUAUUUGUAUUUGUAUUUGUAUGUUUCCUUUCAUUUAUUUACAUACUGUUUUUUCCCCUUGAGGCUAGAAAAUUAAUAAAAUUAUUAUUUCUCACAAAAAUACUUAAAAUAUUGGAAAUUAAACCUUUAUUUCCUGUAAAAUAUGGCGAUAUAGUGAAAAUGGUUUAAAAAGAACCCGAUCUCGUGAAAUAAAGCAAAAAAUGAAUUUGAA